AUGGAAAGGGAUGUCGACGAUACCGCCGAAAUCAGAUUAUGGGCAACUGGCCUCAAGGUGAUGUGGAAGUCGAAUGCGGAAGACAGGGAGGAUGGGGGACAGCAAACCAAAGAUCAAACAAAACAGCAAUAUCAACAAAACUAUCAACAGAAUGGACAGCAAGGGAAAAGCGGGCAGGAAGGGAAAGCCAAUAAGUACUCGUACACCCCGGCUGACUCACCCGCCGCUGCUGCAACAUCCAUGCUUGAAGUCCUCAAAACAUCUCCAAACCCAUCUCCACCGUCGCCCCAGCGUCUCAAUCCCCCCAUUCAAUUGCUUCGUGGCCGUCCACCCUUCUCCGGCCGUCGUGCGCAGGAGGCUCUCUCAGACCGUCCUGUUUUCGAGUAUUCUCCCGGGCGGUGA